CAACAUAUAAAUAUAUACAUAGGGGUUUUUUAUUAUAGCCUGCCAAACCAUAACUGCUGUGAGGUUCUUCAGGGGUUUUUGCCUGUGAAACUUGAAGUUUAAGGUGAGUCAGAGAAGGAGAAAUAUUAUGGGUAGGAAACUGGAUGCUCUGCUUGGCAGAAACUUCAGGGCAUCCAAGUUCAAGACCCUGGUUAAGCUUGCAGUGUCCAGGAUUGCCUUCCUCAAAAACCAGCAUCGAGUCCGGUGCUCGCUUGCCAGGUCCGACGUCAUUGAACUUCUUCAGCUUGGUCACCAUGACCGUGCUCUUCUUCGGGUUGAGCAGGUGAUAAGGGAGCAGAACAUGUUGGAUGCGUUUGUUAUGAUAGAAAACUACUGUCAUCUUCUCAUAGAGAGAGUUGUACUGAUUCAAAAGAACAAAGAGAGAGAUUGUCCUGACGAACUCAAGGAGGCGAUAUCAAGCUUGAUUUUUGCAGCUUCACGGAGUGGAGAAUUUCCAGAACUUCAACAAAUUCGUGGGGAAUUAACUUCCAAAUUUGGGAAAGACAUGGCUGUUCGUUCUGUUGAAUUGCGCAACAAUUGCGGGGUGGAUCCAAAGAUGAUACAAAAGUUCUCGACAAGACGCCCGAGCUUGGAAAACAAAAUGAAAAUACUGAAAGAAAUUGCUUCUGCAAAUAAUAUUGCACUUCAUUUUGAGGAAGAUGCUCCUGCAAAUACUGAGGAGAAAUUAGGUGUAGAGCAGAAGCAGAAGAAGCCAGAGCCUGAAAAACCAAGAAACUUGGAUAAUCUGGCAGCUGGCAGUGACAAACAUGAGUUAUCUGAAGAAUUUAAAAUAGAUGAGAAGUUAUCCGAAUCUAUUAAAGGUGGAAAAAUGUACAAAGAUGUAGCUGCUGCUGCACGAGAGGCUUUUAAAUCAGCUGCAUAUGCAGCGGCAGCCGCUAGAGCUGCUUUUGAACUCUCCAGAUCUGAAUUACAAGACAAUAAUGCAGAUGAUCAAACUGAUUCAGAUGAUCACGAUAAGAUGGACAACUCUGAAGGGUCAUUAACACCUGAAAUCUCAAACGUCCCAAGUGAAUCAAAUGAUCAUGAAAUGAUGGAUAACUUGGAAGCGUCAUUAACAGCUGAAAUCUCAAACGAUCAAAGUGAUUCAAAUGAUCACAAAAAGGUGGACAACUCUAAAGGGUCAUUAACACCUGAAAUCUCAGGUGAUGAAUGUGAGUCUUCGGAAGGAUCUAAGCAUUCAAAUUACAUAUUAGAGUUCGACAACAUCCAUCCAGUUGAUAACUUCAGCUUGGAUACAGAAGGCUCAGACAUGGCAGAGAAGAUCAAUCAGACUGAUCAGGAAGAAAUGCAAGAUGACAAAGAAAAAGAGGUACAAAGGAUGCCACCUGCUAAUAGUUCAGAUUCUCACAAGGGCAUACUGAUCGGCAACAAUCUAUCUUCCAAAUCAGAUCUUGUGGCACUGCAAGAUGAUAUACAGAAAAUACUGUCUGCUAAUAAUUCAGAUUCUCACACAGAAAGUUCGAAUGAUGGAAAACUUUCUUCAGAUCAGUCAUGCGAGAAUGAUCAGUUCAGAAAUGAAAUAGUUGGGAACAGAGUUCAUGAUUUGGAUCUUGAAUUGAAAUGUUCCCUACCCACAACUGAAUCUGAAAUUAUCAAAGAGAAUAAGACGGUUGAGGAAGAAAAUCUUUUGAAAGAGGAUGAAGAAAACCUACCAAAUCGAUCGCCAAAGUGGAUUCCAUUAAAUUCCAGAGCUGAUACUACAAAAAAACCUAUGGCAGGAACCUCGACGCUGACAAGCACACAGAGCUUGAUUUCUAAAAACCACCCACUAUCAGAUCAUUUAGUCAUAAACAAGAAGUGGGUAUCAGUGAGGACAAGAACAGAACAUCAUGUUUAAGUAGCACUUAUAACUGAUGCUCUUCCAACUGUUUAUGUAGUGCAAUCAUGAAACCUAAAUUUUGUAGAGCAUCCACAUUAUUGCUAUUAUACAGUGCUGGGACAGAGUCUAGGUUAGAUUUGUUUGUCUACAUGGAAUAAAUCUUUUUUGCUAUUAAACAUACAGAAUAAAUUGUUGUUAAGUUAGAAAGUUUAGCCAUCAUUUCCUAUCGGAAAUAGAGAAUUUUCUUUGGAGGUGCAUUUGGUUCUUGGUUAACUUUCUUGAGUUAUGGUUUAUAUUAAGAGAAAUUGUUACAGAAA